AUGCUUUCCACAACCGUCUUCACCAAGCAAGCGCAAACAGACUCAGAUAAGGGUCUCCAAAAAGGUAAUCUCGAGUCCAAGUCCGAGUCCGAGCUCAACGCACCCAUCCCCGACCUAGCCGCAUACCUAUCAAGCCUAGAACAGCAGCAGCAGCAGCUAGAGCAGCAAUUCGAGCAACAUGAAGAGCAGCCCCAACAGCCACAGGAAGAGCAGGUGAUAGAGGAGGUGCAAGAGCAGAUGGAAGAGCUACAAGGUAAACAGGAGGCACAGGUGCAGCAAAAUAAGACACAGUCCGUUGGGGACACUUGA